AGACUGGUCUGAGUUAGGUAGGUUCAAUUUUACAAAUAAAUCAUUUUUUUUUUGCAUGUAACGAAUCAAGAAUGUAUUACUUUCAUUUGUUUAUAAGGGUGCAGAGUUGUCUACGCAACUGCAACGGAUUUUGUGUUACAUUAAAUUGUGUCUUACAUUAAAAUGUUCUUUCUUUACAUUGUUUUAUAUUCUCUUCAUUCUCUGACAUCCUUGUUAGUACCGAUUAUUUCGUAUUCGUUGCCUAUGAAUUUCACAAUUAGUAAUUGUUUAAAAUGCAAUUUUAGAAGAGUUUCUGCAACUAGCACAAAUUAUAAUCUCAUUCCGGUUAAUUUAGCUAAUAUUUUCCUAAUAUACACGUUCCAUUUUAGAAAUAUUCGUAGAUGUUUUUAAUGUAGCAGUAGAGAAAAUGUGAAGUCAGCGAAAUAAUUAGUCGGUAGAAUAAUUAAAAUAUUAGUCGGUAGAAUUAAAAAUAUUAGUCGGUAGAAAUACCGAGUUUCUUUGCGUUUAACGAGAACUAUGCGCACACCGCAAUGGGCAUGCUUUAUAAUGACUUUUACCCCUGUUUACCCCUUUGGAUUAUAUAGGUAGGGUAGUUAAAAAAUCAUUCGUGGAUGCGGCGAGCUUUGAAUCAUUAUGUUCUAAAAUACGUGAGGACUUGAAUCGAUAAUAUCGUAAUCAAAAUUGUACCAUGAGAAAUUACGCAUUACAACGCGUACAGGAAAUUAAAUAUAUUUUUAUACGUGCAAUUGUAUACUGUACAAUUCUAUAAAAGUAUAGCAUAAGAAAUAAUGUGAAGACAAAAAAUCGUAAAUGUAAUACGUUUGAAGCUUAAAUUGAAGAUGGAUGUUCAUGGCAUUGGUAUUGUUGCUGUUUUGGGAUCUGUUGGGGCUGCAACUGGGGCUCUAUCAGCUGUAAUUGUUUAUACAAUUUGCAUUAGACGCAGACGAUUGUCCCUUCUUGUUCCAGGCAGAGGACCUCUCAAUUGGUUUGAGAAAGAUUUAUUGAAUAGAGCAGAAGAAGCAACAUGGUCAUCGAAAGAUGUGUUUGGUGGUUUAAGAUCUAAUUCUGCUUUAGAUCUAGAAAAUAAGUCUUUGAAACAAAAUGAUCGUUGUUCCGAUGGUGAAGAGUGGCAAUCUAAUUAUGUAUUUGGUAGCCUAGCAAGUGAUUCACCUAAAAAAGUUUUACAAUAUUUAUCAGAGUCGGAAGAUAUUUCGAUAUCACCUGUCAGCUCUUUUGCACCACCGUUACCAGAAGGAACAGUGGCUGCCUCUGAAAAGCACAUGAUAAUUGUAAAGUCAAAGACAAAAAGUAUAAUUGAUUCACAUUCUCGACUCAGUAGUACUGAAAUUGACACUUCUUCCUACAAGCUGUCUUCUUCCGCAUCGACAUCUUCGUCUGACGAAAUCAGAGGUGAAUUACAAAUUGGUUUAAUUUACGAUGCAAAUGGUGGUAUUCUCACUGUUAGACUUGUCAAGGCACACGAUCUUCAUGCAAGAGAAUUAAAUGGAACUGCAGAUCCUUAUGCAAAAGUACGUCUGUUACCUGACUGGAGUAACGUAUGGCAAACAAGAAUACAUAGGCGGACUUUGAAUCCAGUGUUCGACGAGGAUUUCGUUUUUGAAAUAAUGCCCGAGUCAUCGUUAGACGGAAGAACAUUGGAAAUCCUACUUUACGACUUCGAUGCCUUCUCCAGGCAUCAAUGUUUGGGUUACGUACAGCUUCCUUUAUCUGCAGUAACCGAUCUAGAUACAACGCUUGUUCUUAUUACAAAACCAAUUCUACGGUAUGGUAUCGAGAAUGGAUUAAAAACACCAUUUAUGGGAGAGCUUAUGGUUUCCCUAUCUUAUCAACCAUCUGCAGAGAAAUUAACGAUUAUAAUUGUUAGAGCGAAAAGCUUACCUAGUCUUAACGAUACGAAAAAUGCAAAUCUGUACGUAAAAGUGAAGAUUAUUCAAGAUGGCAAAAGUAUUAAAAAGAAGAGGUCCAGCGUACAACGCGAAACCAUUAAUCCUGUAUGGAAUGAUAUCUUAAGCUUCGAUGUUGGUAACGAAGUAUUGUCCAAAUGCAUAAUAGAAUUUAUUAUUUUACGAGAAAAUGGUGAGCUUUUGGCUAAAUGCGAGGUAUCUAACAAAUGUCAAAAAGAGCUUUUUCAGCGUGUAUUAGCAGGAACAGGGGCAUCCGCGCAAUGGUUACCGCUAUCCGAACCAGAAACUUAUUGCGGUGAUACCACCGAUUUAAAAGAUUAAGAAUCUCAUGAAAAACCGUCCCACUAUGCCGGAUACUUUAACCCGUUCGCUAAUAAGAACUUAUAUCUAUGACUGUAAGUCUGCGUUUCAAAGUUAUGUUACAGAAAGAAAGAUUACAAUUACUAUUAUAUUAUUCUUGUAAGACGUAUUUCGAUCAACUUCGUGUGUUCAAGUUUGGAUAUCUUUAAAUGUUAUUUCACCAUUUAUUUAUUUUAUAAUGCAAAUCUAUCAAAAGUUUUUAAUUCCUUUACAAGACUACUGUAAUUGCGAAUGAUACUAUAUACU